UUUUUGCAUAUAUAAACCCUCAAAAAAUGGUUCAUUGAGAGAUUUCUUGUUCUUCUCUUUCGAUUUUGUGGCCAUUUUGAGAUGAACUGAAGUUCCAUAUCAAUUUCACCUAUUUCAAGUUCAAUCAUGACAUCAUUGGCGGCAUACAAUGGAGAGCAGAUUGAUCUCUUAGCUGCAGUUAAUGAUGACCAUGGAGGUGUCAUUGUAGAAUUGAAAGCACCAAUAGAUCCAAGGGCUUUUGAAAUGUCUCUAAAAUUAUCUAUAUGGAGUUGGAGGCAACAGGGAAUAAAAGGUGUUUGGAUAAAACUGCCAAUUGAACUCGCCAGCCUUGUUCAAAUUAUUGUCAAGGAGGGUUUUUGGUACCAUCAUGCAGAGCCAAAUUAUUUGAUGCUUGUGUAUUGGAUCCCUGCCACUGAACACACAAUACCCUCAAAUGCUACACAUCGAGUGGGUGUUGGUGCUUUUGUUGUAAAUGAUAGAAAGGAGAUCCUCGUGGUUCAAGAAAAGAGUGGCAAAUUACGUGGUUUGGGUUUCUGGAAGAUUCCAACAGGAGUAAUCAACCAAGGUGAAGAUUUAUUUACUGGUGUUAUGAGGGAAGUCAAAGAAGAGACGGGGAUUGACACAGAAUUUGUUGAAGUGCUUGCUUUCAGGCAGAGCCACCAGUCAUUCUUUGAGAAGUCGGAUUUAUUCUUUUUGUGCAUGUUGCGUCCUCUUUCCUUUGUUAUUCAGAUGCAAGAAUCAGAAAUUGAGGCAGCCAAGUGGAUGCCAAUAGAGGAGUAUACAGCAGAUCCGUUAGUUCAGAAGCACGAGUUUGCAAAGUAUAUUCUUAAUGUUGGUAUUGCUAAAGUGGAGAAGCGAUAUUCAGGAUUUUAUCCAGUCUGCAUUCAAUCAGCUUUUGCUGAUGAGCAAAGUUACUUUUAUGUAAACAGUAGAGACCUGGAGCAGAAAUCAAGCUCUGCAAACGAGUCCAAUAGCAGUUGAGUUUGUUUUAUGUAAUUAUUUUUCAUUAUUCUUUGUGAUUAUCAGGGCUGCUUUGACUUGCAUAUACCUGCUUGUAUAUCAUAUUCUUAUAUUUUACAGAUGACUGUAUACUUAUUAUAUGAGACUUCAUGCCAAUCAAGAAUUUUUAUUUGCA